AGUGAGCGAGCAAACAAUUUUGUUAUAGUGCAGUGGCCGUGUUUAAAUUUCGAACAAGGAUGAACUUGAAAUAUUCUGUAUACAUCGUGCUGCUUCUAUUUAGCAAUGAAAAUUCAGUAUAUGCUGAUCAAGUUAGGAUAUUUAACUUAAAUGACCCAGUAUUAAGCUGUAGCGGGUGGCUAUCUAACAUAAUAUUUAAUAUUUGUAAUAACACUUAUAAAAUAGUGAAGAGGGAUACUUCUCUUAUGAUAGAAAAAAUGGCACCAAAAGACUUACAGAAAGAGACAGCAAGACUGCAAUUAGUUGACGAGGGCCAAUGGAGGCGCGUGCGCAGACAGGUGGCAACACAGUGCUGUGACAGGGCAUGUACUAUCGCAGACAUCAUCACUUACUGCCCAAACGAUGCCAAACUAGUACAAGAAAAUCCUGAAAUAUUUGAAUAAACAAAUAUAUAAAAAAUUUAGUAAAUUUUCAUAGCAGAGUAUUAUUAUUUAUAUAAUGUAUUUACCUAAGUACAAAGUCAAAUCAUAGUGUAAUUGGUUCAAAGACUGUUUGUGUUAAUAAUGAGAUACCA